AGGAUUCUAGGUCAGUUGUAAAUCUAUAUAAGUGCGAUUUUAGAACUGAUUCAAGAUCAUUUUGUGUCUCUGAUGAUCAAGAUGAAGUACCCUCUGGUAGCUAUCUUUGCCGUGGUGGCCCAGUGCUGCCUGUUUGCAGCAGCCGCACACGAACAUGCUCAUGGUGAUUCCGACUCGGUUCUCGAAGCAGCUCUCCGUCCGUUGUAUAGCCAACUGGACGUUUUUCGAGACCAACUUGAUGCGGUCAAAGUGUUUGUCCAUGUCCCCUGUAAGAAAGCAAAAUAUCCAACAGAUUUGGAGUGCUCUGAGGCUGGACCCCUUGGUAUGGAAGAUGGACGCAUCCCAGAUGCAAACAUCACAGCUUCGACGUUCUGGAGCAACAGUGCAGCCUGGGCGCCCUACAGGGGUCGUCUUAACUUAGAAGGUGCUGCCUGGCUUUAUGCCGGAUCUAGUGACCCCAAUCCGUGGAUCCAAGUCGACUUCGGUGGCCGUGUCAUCAUCACUGGUGUCAUCACUCAGGGGCGUCCUGACAAUUAUAAUCAAUGGGUGACUGAGUUCCAGGUUGCCUAUAGCAACGACGGCCAGCAAUGGACCGACGUCACCGCGGAAGGAGAAAGUGCACCGACAAAGUUCCCUGGAAACUCGGACAGAAGCAAUCCUGUGACCACCACUUUCCCGAAGGCCUUACAGACCAGGUUCCUGCGUAUCCUGCCUACUGAGUGGAGCGCACACUGCAGCAUGCGCUUAGAGGUCCUCGGCUGCAAAAGUCAUGAGUAAUUCCGCCGUAUAGCUUGGGAAAACCUAGCUCUAGUGCUUGCUGGACAUUUGACAGACAUUUGACAUGCGGGGAUGCAUGUGUCAUAGAUAUGUGGCGUAACAUUUUCAGAAUGCUUCAGUCAAAACACAGAGGCACAUAGGAACAUUUUGCAGAUACACGAAACGCACAAAAAAAACAAGAAAUCCUCACUCAAAAUGAAGGACUGGUAACAAAUUCUCUGCCUGAAAUGGUAUCAUUCGGAAUGAAAAAAAAAUAAUUGAAAGUGGGCAAUAAAAAUGUGUAUUUCUCUUUUUUCUCUCUCUCCCAAAAUGUAUAGUAUCCCCUGAGUUGAAACUUCAACAAGUUAGUUGUCAUGCACCAUUCAUAAGAGUUAGAGUUAUUUUCUUGCUCAAACGAUGGGGAAAAUGUUCCGCUGCACCUUUAAACAUG